CAGAAGUCAGGUUCUGACUAACAGUGCUGAGUGCAACUGCCAGUGAAUGUGCAUGUGUAUGUGUGUGUGUGUGUGUGUGCGCGUGUGUGUGUGUAGAGGUUUGUUCAGUUCGAGGUAAGUCUGCAUGUCAGCUCACUUCCUCUUUUUAAGCGUGGAUUUUGUAGCCACUUUCGGUUCUGUAUUCUUGCUGUGUCUCUACUGUUUUUUGUUUCUCAUAGUCAUCACUCCAUCAUCAUCAUUAUCAUCAUCAUCCUCGUCAUCAUCAUCAGCAACAACAUUCCUUCUUACUUCUUUGUCUCUUUGCAUGAUCCCUGCCUGCUUCUCUUUGUCUCUUUGUUCAUCACUUUGUUGAGUCCCCAUCACCUACUUUGCAAUUUGCAUGAAUGACAUCCUGUAUUUCCUCCAUCACUAAAACAAACGAGUGCGACAAAAGAGGAACAGGGCCUGAGCAGAAGAGGGUGGCACGCUCGUAUUACGCGUUCCAAGGUCAGUUAACGGAUUCCCUUGUCGCAUGGAUGAAAGCUGAAGCAGCUUAUCAAAGAAGUUUUGGUAAUUAUCAGGCUCAGUCUCUGAACAUUAUAAGAGCGCUGUUACCAUGGCAACUGGCAAGCAAGGCUUUGUGAGAGCUGCAGAGCCUCAGCAUUCUGUCUCUGUACAGGGAGAGAAAGAGAUGCAUGUUCAGGCCCCACUACCAGCCAUGUAUAUCCAAGCGGUGCCCAGGCUACCAUCCUACCCUCAGGUCCAGCCAGCUGGUGUUCAAGAUGCAGCAGUCCUUCCUUUGUCCGUCCCGAUGAUGUAUACCAACCAGGCUCUGCCCUUUCUGACCCUGCACAUAGCCAGUGGGGCAGGUCUCCAGCAGCAAAGACCAGAACUUCCAGUGUCUUCUCCCAGACCUAAGUCUUUAGGGAAGCAUGUGUGCCCACAUUGUGGAAGGGACUGCCUGAAACCUAGUGUACUGGAAAAGCACCUGCGCUGCCACACUGGAGAGAGGCCAUAUCCUUGUGCCACCUGUGGCAUCUCCUUUAAGACACAGAGCAACCUCUACAAACACAAGCGCACUCAAGCCCAUGCUCGUCUGUCCAGCGAAUCUGGGAAGGGAACCUUCAGCAGUCAGGAGAGCACUGAGAGCUCAAGAGAGAAUUGCUCUAGUCCCUUACUGGAAUUACAAAAGGAAGAUUCAGGUGACACAAACAGGAAUGAUGGUGUUCUUCCAGCAGUAGCAACGAGCACUGGUGGUUCAGGUGGGGUCAAGACAGGCUCUGAGACAGAGUGGGCUUUAUGCAAGGCUGCAGUGGUUGGAGUUAUUGCUUCACCAGCACAUGGGCAUCAGGUACUUUCACACACUAUAACACAGAGGGUACCUCAGUUACCAUCUGAUGCUGCACCAAUAAUGGCAAAAAGUCCAAAUGAAGAUGGACGUGCUCCACUGACUCCAAAUCGCACUCCUCUUCAGAGACAGGAGGCGCUCUUUCCUAAACCUCAAAGCCAUGACAGCACAGACUCAGGCUUCAGUGAAUGCAAUGAACAAACCUCAACCUGCAGUCCUGGUGCUACCACGCACAAUCCCAGCAUGGACCUGGAAGAGCCUGAAACAUCUGAGAAACUCCCAGAUAUGUGUACUGAUGAUGUCAAAGACAAAGUGUCAUUUCAAGAGAAACAAAAGCUAGAGAAACACAUCUUGAAGCUGAUUUCCGAAAACAGCGUGGUAAUGGACGACAAACACCUAGUGAACGUUCGGCCAAGGAAGACGGUGCUGUCGAAACAAGGCAGCAUUGACCUUCCCAUGCCGUACACUUACAAAGACUCGUUCCAUUUCGAAAUAAGAAGUAGCAAACAGCACCUAGUCGGUUCACAAAGGCAAGACAGAAACGGUAGGGCUAUAUACAGCUCUAUGCCUACACAACAUUCUACAAGCUUGGAACAUGCACCAUUAACCCGAAGCAGUUCUUUACCGUUUAGCGUGGGCAUUCAGAAAAGUGACAGCACGGUUUCGCCUUAUAAUGUAGACAAUAUUCCGUUGAGCAGAAGGUGUAGUGCGGGACAUAUCCAUCCAUACAAGUCAGUAGAUCAACACACACACAGCCAUCGUUCACUGGUCAGACAAGUAGCAGUGGAUGGUUUAUUUGCAGUGGAAGGAUCUCCAAUGGAAAGAGGCAGUCUUAGUAGCCUCAGUUCUGAUGGAGACUGUGCUGACUCAGCUUCGGAAGCAGCUGUCAAAAGAAGUCGCCGGAAGAAGGCACAAAAGUUUGCCUAUAAUAAAUGGUACAUGUAUGGUGGCGGGACAUUCAAAAAGCUCUACAACAUAGAGAAAGACCCUGUGUUAAAGAGCAGAAAGUCCACACGUAGCCCAGAGCAAACCAAUAGCCAGGUAACCCAACAGAACAAUAGCAAUUUGUCUGGAUCCAGAUCACUGAGUUAUACCUCCUGCUCAACUGCAAGUGUGUCUCCUGUUGCUAACGUCCUCACAGCACAGACAUCCAGUCAGGUUCCGUCCUCGUAUGUACUUGUACAAAAUACACCAGUGAAACAAAUGACUUGCCAACAAUCGACCCAGCCAAGUCUAAUCAAGCAAACUAAUGUUCCAAGUUCUGAUUUGAGUACUGCAAUAAAAAUCACAGAAGAAAAAGUCAAAGCACCAGAAACACAACUUUCAACUCCGAUACCUUCAGAGAGGAAAAAGCAAAAGACAGACGAACAUCUUUCAUCUCUCGUCGAAAAUACAGAGGCCCUAAUAAGGAUGCAGCAGUGUACAAGUCGACAGGUAACCACCAACCUACAUCAGUCAUUACCAUCAGAGUGUGUUGAGGUGCCCCAAAAGUCAAGCCUAACUUCACUGCAGAGAGACAAUGAGUUAAGUCUUAACAGGCAAGGCAGUUUCACCAGUCUGCCUUCGUCCUCAAAUCAGAGACAGCUCCUUUUUAAGAGGCACAGUUCUCCGCUUUUUAUGGCCAAUAUAAGCGGGACAUCUGCGUCUCCUUCUGCCUCCUCUAGCAUCUCCUCGAUUUCUCAAGCCAAGACCAGCUUUCUUCCCAAGUACCAGCUGAAGAUUCCUGUAAUGACAGAUGGCAUGUCAGAGCCAAGUCUUGGCAAUAGUUCCUUGCUGAAUCCAUCUUCACCCAGACAGAGCAUUAGUCUGAAUCAGCAAUGUGCAACAGUUUCACCGUCCACAACACAAAACCAGUCAGCUAUGUUCUCUGGGCAAGAACAAAGUACUUUGUGUAUAACAGCCAUAACAAAUGCAACGUCUGUUACAUCUGUCGUGUACAGUUGUCAGGAUGCUAAUGCCUACACAUCAACAUACACCUCUACAACAUCAUGCUCAUUAGCAUCUCCCUUAGCGUUCACAGACCUGAAUGUCACUGUUAGCACAAUCUCAGUCUCAACAGUAAAUAAUGUAUCUACAUCAUCCAAAAAUAGCACACCUGUGUCAUCUGUACAAGAAAACCCUGUAACGUCUGUAGUGAGCCCAACACAAUCGCCUGGAGUUAUACCUACACCAGCGAUUCCAAGCUCUACAGAAGGCCUCCCUUUGGAGAUAAGCAGCACUGAGAUCCCAGGAUCUCAGGACACUUUUUAUGUGCAAACAGCAGACCUUCAGAUAGUCAUGCAACUCAUUUCAGAUGAGCAGCUUGCGCUGAUAGAACCGCAGAUUGAAAUGCAGGACUAUAAAACCACUGGAAGUCAUUGUUUCUUCAGCAAAGAUCCAGAAAUGGCCAACACUGACCCAAACCAAACAAGUGUUUUACAGGAAAGACAUAAACAACACUCUGACAAUACAAGAACAAAGCAAUCUGUUCAACAGGGGAGUUUAAAGUGUGGUGUGCUCAACAACAUCCCAGACAUCCCAGACAACCCAGACGUAACACUCAUGUCCUUUGGAUCAACAGUUACAGAGCACCAGGCAAAGAGUACAAACAGCACACAAGAUAUUUAUGGAACAAAUACUGUUGUUAAAGGGCUUAUUUCAAGUUCGCCAUCCAAGUCAGAGCAUAAUGUUUCAACUUUAUUGGAUUGCAAGACACUGGGACAACAGUGUAAAUCGUUAACUUCAACACCCAAGAAUAAAACGAUGCCGAAAAACUCAGAGACUGCAGGGUGUGGUGUUAGUGCUAGAUUAUAUGGAUCACAUAAACAAAAGCCUAGUGAGAAAUUAAGCAAAGAUACAGGAAAUAAAUCCAGUCCAAAAGAUGAAUCACAGGUAAGCAAAUUUUCUGCACAUGACCAGGUCAUGGGAAACUAUCCAACUUCCAUAAUAUGCAGUGUUCAGAAAAAAUGUCAAGACACUACAAAAAUCCAUGGGACAAGUGAUACUGCUGUGGCUUCUAACAAAAUUGCAACAAUGUCCCCUGAUGGCAAAAUGAAGGUGGCAUCUUUUCCAGAAAUAACUGCAAGAAGCCCAAACCACCAGCCUGGACAAACGACUGUUCAACAGCACAAAUCAUUUGAAGAAAUACAGGCAGCUGAAACAGACACAUCAAGCAUCUCUGUGCGUUCUUCAGGUCAGGCUCUACCACUGACCCCCAUUUCAGCUUUAAACCAAAAAGAACUGAUAAAUCAAAAAGCAUAUCAGUCAUCAGGUGCCUCCUCAGCCAUGGAAAGACCAAUCAGCUCACGGAGUGUAUUAGCGUGCCGUGUAUGUCCACAACACCCUUUAAACCAGACAGGUGGCUGCAGUGGAGACACGUCAAAGUAUGAAGAAAAGGAAACCUCCACUUCAGGUCAAUCCGUACAACAUUUAGCCCUGCAUGACUUGGGUAAAAAUCAGGAAGUCAAGGAAACCAUAUCCAGGACUGCUCGUAUAACCAGUGCUCAAUCUGAGCCACAGAGACCAUUGUCCACCUGUCUAAAUGAGGAAAAUCUAAAAUGUGCACUGGAUCCUAGCAGAAUGCUUCAGGUCAAUCAGGAUACAAUAACAGGGCCUCCGGUGAGCUGUUCUUCUCAAAGCUUUAAGCACCAAUGGGAAGCUGGUGCUGAGAAACAGCAGUGGAUCCCCUUGGAACCUAAGAACAGAGGAGGAGAUGGACCAGAGUGGCUGGGAACAUGGAAAACACAGGGCGUGUGGACAAAACAGGAAGAGUAUGCUCUGGAAAAUAAAGGAGAGGAGCCCAAUUGCACUGACAGCUAUAUUCAGAAAGCGGUGAAACCACAUCCAAACCUUUCCACAUCCCAACACGUGUCUAAUAUCACCAGAACUCCAACUGAGCUUGUUUCCAUCAACACUACACUUUCAGUCUAUGAAAAAAACACCCCAUUGCACGAAAGAAAGUGUCUCACCAACAAAGCUCAUGUUAUGGAAAACAGUCCCAAUGCGGCUCCAAAACAAACAGAUCCAAGUCACACAAAUGUGAAGAAGCAGGAUUCUCUUGGACAUUGUGAAAGGUUUACGUCAUUAUCCAGAGGACCAGGUGACAUGAGGCAUCUCUUGGCUCAUCCUUCUUUGUUGAAUGACAUUCAGAACGAGGUUCAAAAAGAGACACAAACCAAAAACUCUGCAAGGCAACUGACUCAUUUAAUCUCACAAGCACAAAGGCCAUCGACAGAGCGAGAAACAGAUGGACCCAUCAUGCUGAACGAACUCUACGUGACAUCACCUUGUCACACAGAACACUGUCAGAUAAUAAAAACCACACCAGUGUACACCCGUCCUUCAUGCUCAAACCAGACUAACAGCUCUUGCAAACAUCCAAUUUCAACUAGUACAUCCAGUAUACCCAAUAAUGCAGCAGAACAUAAUACUUUACAAAGCUACAUGGAGGAGGAGGAGGAGGAGGAGAGGUCCAGCAGCGACGAUGAAGGAAAGCUAGUUAUUGAACUUGAAUAACACCAAAUGCUAAUGAGACUAUGGUGGCAAAACCUAUUACAAAACAUAUUAAAUGGCUAUGGACAUGACAGGAAAACCAAAAACACAACAACUCAAAUAACCCAUUAACACAAAAUGGAAAGGAACAGUCCUUAUUGUUCAUCACAUGUUUGUUACUGGUUGGCUAUACUGAAUCUGUUUAAAUGAAUGCAGAAGACACAGAGCUGGAGGAUGUUUUGAGUAAUAGUAAAACCUAUUGUGACAUUACUAUGGAUGAAGUUACUACAGGUGACACAGUGGUGAUGGUGACUCCAUACUGAGUUCAGGCUAUAGUCUGUACAGAGUUUUCAUGUUCUCCUUACAUCUGCAUGCAUUUACUCUUGUGUUCUCUGGUUUUCUUUCCACAUUUCACAAACAAAUAUGCAAACUAUGCUAAAUUGCCCCUAGGUUUGAAUGUGCAAAGGACAGACAUCCUACCUGAGAUAUUUUCCCACCAUGUACCCAUUUACACAUCCAUAUUUGGCCACGCCCACUUAGGGUUUAGGAUCCAAAUACAAAUAUGAAUAUUUAGAGCAUUUAAAAGAUCUAGAUAAAGGUAAAAACAGUGGUAAUACAUUACAACAUUAACAGACAUGUAGUUCUUUUUGUUUUGCUUUUUUACUUUUUCUUUGUAUUUUCUGGUUUGUAAUUUUCUGUAUUUGGCAUUUACAGGCGACCCUAGCACACUCAUAAAACCUCUGGCUACAUUUUUAUCCAGGCCAACACCAAACAUUAAAAUGCCGAACAAACAAAAAGGAAUGCACUCACUCAUGAUUCAUGAGAAAACAGGUCUUGAAUGCAUGAAUCUGCAUUCCCAUAGUCUCUGGAGUUCCACAGGGAUCGAUCAUAAGCCCAGCAAGAAUUUUUGGUAAAAGAAGAUUUAACAGACAAGAGAUUUAGCUUUUAGAAUGCCAUAAUGGCUGUAAACACAAAAAGUCAUCAUUACCAUCUUUUCCCAUCUGUCUGCUUUUUUUAUCAGCCUGCUGUUGAAAGUCAUUUAACUUAAGCAAAUGUGUGAAUAAUACUGUGGACCCAAACUUACCCAGUCAUUUAACUAAUAAAAUGUCAAAAUGUUGAAUGACCUUUUUGGAUAUG